AUGUUCCGAGGCGGACGAAGAGGUCAAGGAAGAAGCUCACGCAACUCAGGAAGAAUCAGACCUACUCUUGAAGACAUUGAGGAACCUCAGCCAGCUACCAGUGAACCUCAACAAGCUACCACUCAAGCUGCAGCUACUGAACGACGUUGGACUCGGAAUUUUGCCUUAGCUAACGCUUCAGCCGCCAACCCAUUACGUAGCUCUGAACCUCACGCUAAUUAUCGCUAUAUCGAUCAAUUACUUCAAUAUCAUCAAACGAAAAGUAGACCCAGUCAACAACACGUCACUGGACCUAGUGUUCAAUUUACGAAUCCUGUAGUUACGCAAGCCGUUCCUACUCAAACUACUCAAACACCUCGUACUAUUAUCCGGCAAGAAUCCAGAAUGCCAGUUAUACCUAUUGAAAAUAGAUAUGACUUGGAUAGAUCUAGACGCAAUUCAACCAUGCGAGAUUCUGUUCAACGUCAAUCACCGAAUGCAGAUCUUUCACCAAUUUCCACCGGUGAACCUAUCGAUCCUGAACCUUACUUUCGAGAACGCUACCCUUCUCUAGCUUGGGACGAUGAUAUGUUUGGAGUUCGCAGCCUAUACAAUGCGCGCCUUCCUAUGCCAAUCAUUCAACAUAUGCAUAAUGAUGCAGAUUUAGACGACGUCGAUGAAGAGGAGGAAGAAGGCGACAUUUUGAACACUGCCCAUAACAUGGAAAAUAACCAAAAUGGAGUCAAUCAAAACCAGAAUCAAAAUCAAGUCGUACAGAAUGUUGGAAACGGAAAUGCGAACGCUAAUGGAAAUAACGGAAAUCAAAACGGACAGCAGAAUGGUGUUCAACCUAAUGGUGCUCCGAUUCCUCAAAACCAAAUUCAACAAAAUCCACCUCCAAACAAUCAACCGAAUGGACACCGCGAAGUUUAUUGCUUUCGACGCGUUGAUGACGAAAGAGAAUUUCGGAGAAAUCCAGUUGCGGAUCCGUUUAUAGUACCAGAAGCUGGGGAAGUAGGACUUAAUGAGUUAUGA